AGGCUUUAAGAUAUAAUUAUUUCGUUAGCUACCCAUUUACAGUAUUGGUUUAAGUUGUGUUUCCUCUAUAUGUUGACUGAACUAAUUGAAGUAGAUCGUUUGCGAUACGUGAACGUUGUUAAUAUAGACUACAUUUUGAUCAACUGUGUUCGUUGUAUUUAGAUAGUUAAUUCGUGUUCAAAUGAAACUCACAUACCUCACUUUACUUUGUGUUCUGAUCAUAAUUUUUUAGAAGUCCCUUGGUUUAUAUAAUGCAACUCAGGUUCCACAAGAUGGCACUGGCAUGAAUAUUGAUCUCCAGGGUUGGGAGAGUAUUCCAUCAAGGACCCACCAAUGUUUGCCAAGUUCACAGAACAUACUGUUUUAUACACGUUUAAGGUGAACAUUGCAAAAACAUUUGUUAAGGGUUAAGAGAGUAUUUCAUGAGUGUACCACCGAAUAUACACAGAACAUGGCUGCCAGAGAAUUGUUAGAAUCAUGUUUCAUGCAAUGUAGAAAGAGCAUUCAUGAAUCCAGUUUGAGUGGAUUCAGAAAAUAUUCCAUCAACAUUCCACCAGACAUUCAGAGGCUGUGAUCAGGCGAGACUGUCAUUCACAUUGAAAAUCACUUCUGACUGGUGUGGCUGGAUGAGACAGACAAGACAAACACCCAGAACCUCAGGCCUUACCUUAAGAAUUCCCCUCAGGAGACACAGGGGCACAUGAAACGCAUCCAGUCGGAGCUACGACAGCUGUGUGUGUGACACCUAUCUACCCAUUGCCCAGGCCCUAUUGGGUUGCUAUGGCAGCUGCGGCUGCAGAGCUCCCCCGUCUGAUAGAAGCUAACACUGGAAAGGCAGACGGGCGGACGCAGCCUCGCCUGGAGAAAAUAGGAAACACUCCACUGGCAGCAUUCAGCAGCACUCUGCACCCCACUCUCCAUUAAUGGUGCAGCCAAGGGUGUCAAGUUUGAAGGUCUUCUCUUAAAAUACCCUACGAGUGUUGUAUCCGUCCGCUCGGGCUGAUGGCCCAUCGGCCUCUGCAGAAGACCCAGCGCCGUUCCCUCUGCUAGAGGAUGUUCCAACAGAAGGAGCACCUGAAGAGCCACCUGCAGGCUCACCACGCCAACAGGCAGGUGUUCCACUGUCAGGAGUGUGGCAAACAGUACAGCACCCAGCUGGGCUACCGACGCCACCUUCUAGCCGCUCACACCCCUGCCCCCUCCGCCACCCUCUCUGGGGAGCUCCGUUGCCAGGAGGGGGCUCCCACCCUGCUGGAGCAAAUAGGGAGCCACGGCGACAGGCCCCCGCCGCCGACGGAGGGUGCCGCCGUCAGAGAGAGGAAGUAUUCAUGUGAGCGCUGCGACCGACGCUUCUACACGCGCAAGGACGUGCGGCGCCACGCGGUCGUGCACACGGGCCGCCGCGACUUCCUGUGCCCGCGCUGCGCCCAGCGCUUCGGCCGCCGGGACCACCUGACGCGCCAUCUGAAGAAGAGCCACGCCCAGGAAGCCGCCCUGGCCGCCCCCGCGGCCACACCUGCCCCUGCCGCACCGGGCCCGGUGAAGGAGGAGCUGAGUCCGGUGCCAUGCAGCAUGGGGACCUCCAAGGAGCCCGCUGAGAACUUCCCCAUGGACAUGUACGGCGGCUACCCCCUGCAGGGCAUGUCCAGUCCAGGCAUGGGCCACCACCACCAGUCCCUCAUGCAGGGAUCCCUGUCCACAGCCAUGGGUCGCCAAAUGACGGGCCAAUCUCCCCACCACCACCUGCCCCAGACCCAGCAACAACAGCAGCCUUACAUGACCAGAUACCAGCACGGAUCUACCUCAUAUCCCCGCACUGACAUGGAGAGCUUCCUCAUGGACCUGCAGAGUGGGCUGCCCCCACACAUGACCGCAGCCUCCUCCUCUACCUCCUCCUCCCCCCAGAGGGAGGUGCUAUCGGAAGCCCAGGGUGGCCCGGGUGCCGGGGACCCCCAGCUUCUGUCCAGGAGCCCCGCUCUCUCCUCGGCUGAGUUGUCGUGCGCUGCUAACAUGGACCUCGGUCCUCUCCUGGGCUUCCUGCCAUUCGGCCUGCCUCCAUACAGUGCUCACAUGAGUAUGGGUGGUCUGGUGAUGGGCUACCCCUCUACCUCCACUUCCACUGUGCCGCCCUCAUCCUCCAGUCCCUUGCCUUCUCAGGGCCCAGGGGGGCUCACCUUCCUGCAGCCUCCACAACCGCAUGCACCGCAGGGCCCUGGAGCCCACAACCAGCUACCUCAGGGGUUCAGCCAUCUUGGAAUGAGCACAUCCCCCUCCCUACCUCGCUACUACCAGGCCUUUCAACAGUGAACAACCUGGUACCGUGUGACGCGACACCAGGCCUAGGGACACUACAAGUGUCAUGAAUAACACCUCCAAUACAAUACAAGUGUGUCCAGGGUGACUGGAGUACACAAGGGAUACAUGCAGGCUUCCGAUUUUAAAAAAAGAAUAUGGGAAAUGUAUUUUUUGUGUGAGCUGUCGGUCUUUAAAAACAAUGCUUAAUGAAGCUUUCGGUGGCAAUAGUUUUGGUUGCGGUGACGAACACAACGAACCACCUCAUCAGUAUUACCUCAUCCGAUUAAAAGAAAACUUGAGCAGAAGGAAAAUAGGGAGUGUCUUAUAGCAACCAAAUGUUGUUUUACUGAAACCUGUUAGAAAUAGGCCAAAUGGUUGCACUUUGUAAAGUAAAGAUCACAUUAGAUCAAUACAAUGUGGACAUAAGUGCUAAAUGACACCUGCCACUCAUCUUUUUUUCCAAUAAUGUGAGUCACUUUUAUGACAAUGGUCAUACUAGAUAUUUAACAACAGUUUGCAUACAACACCAUACCGAUAUGUCAUCAUGGAAUGUGUAUUUAUACAAAAACAACAGAUUCACUUUUAAGUCCCCUUGAAGCAGUUUCCCAAACCUCUUCCCAGUAUCUCCAUGCUGCGUAUUUGGUUGUUUCCAGACAGUAUUAGCACAACUGACUCAAGUAAUCAAGGGCUUGAUUAUCAGUUGACCAGGUGAAUUAACUGUUUGUUUCUGGAACAGAUCAAAUAAGUGGAAAGGGAGUGGCUACUGAAGGAGAGGAUUGAGAAGCACUGCUUGAGUGUUGCUCAAAUAGGUUUCAUGUUAUGGACUGUAUCCUGUAUUCAGUGAAAUGUUGCACCAAUGUCUUAAAAAACAUGCUACUGUUGUUCCUCUUGGAUGUCUACUCUCUUUACUGGGUUAAAGCACUUAUGACAUUACAAAAGGAGAGAAUUGCUGUCUUAUGAAAUGUUCAGUUCCUUUUACCUCAACAACACGCUCUCCUAGAUUAAUGGAUAAACACAGAAGUCUGCCCUGUGUGGUUAGGCCUAUAUCUUUUAAUAUCUUCCUAGUUACUUUGGCUCUCUUGUGCCAUUAGGUCUCAAAUGAAAAUGUAGAUGUUAUUGAAUAGUUUUUUUUUUUUUUUUUAGAUCCAACAUACAGAUUGACCCACAAACUUCCUACCUCUAUCUUAUCCUAUUAUAGUACGUUUUGUUUCUGCCAUAUUCUGUCACCGGUAACUUAUCUAAAAAUGUAAUCAGCAGUAUGGAAAAUUGUGGAUCACAUCUCUACUCCUUUAACCUAGUUGUCUCUUUUACCAGUAUUCAUGUAUUAUAUCAUAUCCUGCAGAUAUCAGUUCUACACUCAUGAUGAUUUUAUACUUGUUGGCUGCAUUUCAGUGAUUACAUUGCAGAUGCCUGGCAGGUCUCACACCACCUGGACAGGCCUUUUACAUAUCAGCCAACCACAUCACAUAUAGCAAUGGUAUGGCAGGCUGUGCAGUCUAAGACAACACACAACAAUUGGUUGAUGCAAUGCAACUGUCUGCAAUGUGGUCGGCUGGAAAUGCGACUGUUGACUACCUCAGAAAAGAGCAACUUGUUACUCUUCAUAGAAUUACAGAGAAAACAUUUGUGUUGAGUUUAUUUCUGUCAGUUCGACGAACGCACACUAUAGUAAUAGAUUUGUAAUGAGCCUAGCUUAGCAUAUUGACAAAAGGAUGUUAGCACACUAGUUAAGUUCCCAUCAUAUUGUAUAAAAUGAUGAUUCCAUUGUAUUAAUUUGCAUUGUUGCCUGCGGUAAAAUUAGCUGGAAGUGUUACUAGUUAGGCAGGCAUCGCAUCCUCAUUAGCUCUUAGGACAACGCUAUGUUUUUUACUAUCCCCUAUAGAAACUAUGAAAGAAGAAUUGCUGAAUUUCUCUUAUAUUAUCUUUGAAGCAUUUUCUAAUUGUCAGGAUCUAAACAAUAAAGUACCCUUUAGCUU